GUGGCAGGUCAUGUUAAACUGGUGUUCUCUGUGGAAUAUUUCCACUGAGCGACCAUAACUAAACAUUGUGGCACUCAGGUGAAACCGGGACCAGACAAGCAGCACCUUGUCAUACUUGAAUCAGACUGGGAUCAAUCAACAGGGAUCAAUCAACUGGGAUCUGACAGGCAGCACCUUGUCAUACUUGAAUCAGACUGGGAUCAAUCAACUGGGAUCUGACAGGCAGCACCUUGUCAUACUUGAAUCAGACUGGGAUCAAUCAACUGGGAUCUGACAGGCAGCACCUUGUCAUACUUGAAUCAGACUGGGAUCAAUCAACUGGGAUCUGACAGGCAGCACCUUGUCAUACUUGAAUCAGACUGGGAUCAAUCAGACUGGGAUCAAUCAACUGGGAUCAAUCAACUGGGAUCAAUCAACUGGGAUCAAUCAACUGGGAUCAAUCAACAGGGAUCAAUCAACUGGGAUCUGACAGGCAUGGUGCAGCAAGAUGAAGAGAAAGGUGGCAGUCACAGCACCCCUACUAUUCUGUCACUUGGUUAUUCCACUGAGUCCAGCACAAAACAUGUGCUUUGGUCAUCUUCCCAUAUCGCUCUUCUGUUUACUUAGCAAUGUUGACCAUGUAUAUGUAGAAAUGUGUUUCUAUAUUCGACCUUAUUUCCAUUACGCUCCAAACCACAAAUGCACUCAGGUUCUUCUUCCUUUCAUCAAGUUGUCAACAAAAGUGUGAAAUCCUAUUUUGCAGUUUUGUACCAAGACUGUCUUGAGCAUUACAACAUCUUCUUCACAUCUGGUUAUGCCAAAUUCUCUUCUAGGGUCUAUUUUAAGCAAAGAAGGUAUUUCUGGAAAGCGGGAAAGAUAGGGGACCAGCACAUCCACCGUUACCAUAAACAGGAGAGGAUUUUACGUGGCGUUGGAGGAUGUCCACCAUAUAUACCAGAUUUGACCUAUACUUGUGUGCCACUUCUUCUCCGUCUUCUUCCCUCCACCUGUCGAGCCUCUCUACCCCAGCCACUUUCUCAUUGGUGAGGGUGAAUGCUUUAUUACCUUGUUUGCUGCAGUGCUGAUUGUUAUGAGCUGUUUAUUCACCUAUGGUGCAUCUGUUUUUUCUCAUAGAGUAUUUGUCAUGUUUGGUGUGCUUUUGACUUCUCAGUCCUUUAGCACAGCAAAUGCUGCCGCUUAUUGGACUGUUGUGAUGGAAUCAAUACAAUCAUCAUACGAACUGAACAAAAUACAAUUAUUUAAUGCAGUUUGAGGAUUAACUAGAUUAAGCAGAUUUUCCUGUUUGGAGAUACUAUAUACUUUAAAUGGAUCGCUGAUGAUAUUUAUAACCUCAUAAUAAAUAAAACGCAUCUGUAAAAGGAUUAUAUUCAAACACAUGGACAAUUCUAUUUGCUCUGCCUUCCAAUUUAGCUGAAAAUAGUAGCUUAAUUUGCAUAUAUUUACUUUUAAAUGUGUGUCAAGUCGAAAGGAAUAAGAAAAAAAUCUUUCCAGCUGAUUCAGAGUGUUAGCAGAGGCAAUGAUUAUUAUAUCACAAAAUAAAUUUGACUGCGUAUUUCUCUCCUGAUGUCUUGCUCUUUGCCUGACUUCUGAGCAGGAGCAUAUACCAGGAUUUGGUUUUCUAAUCAAAUGUUGUGGCUUCAGACCUUUCCAGUAGAGUUUCUAUGUAUAUCCCCAGAUUUCAGAACACAGCCUUCACUGACAAAUAGGUAUAAAUCUAGAUUUUUAUUUUAGACUACGAUAGGUUUAAAUCUGGAUUUUUAUUUUAGACUACGAUAGGUUUAAAUCUGGAUUUUUGCAAUUGUAUGUCUGCUCUAAGACACAAAGCUCUGGAUUUUGACCAUGUUGCUCUACUUUACCCUUCCAGUGGAAAGACUCCUAAGGUUACUAGGAGUAGGUUUCUUACACGCUGAGGUGUCAAUCAGAUCGUCUCCACUCAUGACCGAAGGAUCUCUAAUUAUGGCUCGAGCUUUAACACUGUUAUUUUGCUUCAUAGAUGUUGCAGUUCAUGAAAAAGUUAUUAGUUGUCUAAAAUUGGAAAAGUAUUUUUUUUUUAUCAGAAAGGACAUGCUUUUACAUACUAUGUAGAAGCAAGCUUUCUUUGUGUAAAAGGGCAGUGGUUCUUGGUGAUACUGGGUGUGCCCUAGCGUAUUUAUGUCAGUUAUCGGACAGUGUCAAACAUUGGCCAUUCUGUUAAACAAUCACAAUGCUAAGUUUAAUAAUGGAUUAACAAUCGAUUUGCUCAGUUUAAUAAUGGAUUAACAUGACAACGCAAACGUUUGCCGAUAACACACACGGUCCGAUAAUUAACACCGUUACGAUAGUAUUUUGAUGAGGGAAAACAGCUGUAACUAUGACUUAAAUAAUUUCUGUUUCUGUGUGUUUCUGUUACGGGAGUGAUCGAUCACAAAUUCCAAGAUGGCUGAUAAAAAGAUGACAUCGAGCCGCAGGCACAAUCUGAAGGUAGUAUUGAGAGCGUUUUACAUGAGGACAAGUUUCUGUGUGUAAUUGUUGCAUUACUGUAAUAAAAUCAUGGGGAAACUUUUAGGUGUUCACUUCACUCUUUAGUCCAAAUGACUACAGGGCAUGGUAUACAAGUCAGCUAAUAUCUUAUACAAUUAGGCCAUAACAUAAAAAACAUUUGGUUGCAGUCACUGUAGGGUAAUAUGGAUAUGUCAAUCCGUGACCUAAGAUAAUGCUAUUUUGUACUGCUCUUAAACUUACCAACAAUUAGGGAAAGUCCUAAGAGCUCAGUUCUUAAAAUUCUCCUGUUAGCAAUGCAUAAUAUCAUUUAAACAUUUUGAUGGAUUUAAUGGCAAAAAGCUCCUGAUGACAUCUUUGGUUAUUUCACGAAUAGGUCUCAUGAAUAUGCUUUUAUUUAAUACCUAUAGUUGUAGAAACUUUCAGUGGUAAGAAUAUGAUUCUUUCUGAAACUGGUCUCAGAGCUGCAAAUAAAGAUGUUAUUCAAACAUGAUUUUCAAGGAGAGGCCUUAGUUAACUGUCAGAUUAACAGAUUAUUUCCCCCCCUUUCUCAGAGCCUGAUGCUUCAGAUUGCUGCUACGCGUCUGGAAGAGGAGGAAGCUGCGGCUAUAGCUGCCAAGGAGCAGCACUUAAAUGAGAGCUGCCCUGCUCUCACCUUCCCCAGCUCUGUGGAGGAACUGCAGAAACUGUGCAAAGAGCUACAUGCGAAGAUUGACAAAGUCGAUGAGGACAGAUACGAUGCAGAUGCCAAAGUAACGAAGGGAGCAAAAGAGGUUGAAGAGCUCAAGUUCAAGGUUACAGAAAUGAAGGGUAUGAAGAAGCCAGCUCUGAAGAAAGUGCGCUUGUCCGCUGAUCAGAUGCUUCAGGCUCUGCUGGGCUCCAAGCACAAGGUUCAAAUGGACAUGAGAUCCAACCUGAAGCAGGUGAAGAAGGAGGUCAAGGAGGAGGUUGGAGACGCUGUUGGUGACUGGCGUAAGAAUGUUGAUGACAAGGCUGGCAUGGAUGGCAGGAAGAAGAUGUUUGAGGGAGCUGAGGCCUAAAUUUGCCAGGACUUUUUCUUUUUCCUACGCAGUAUUCAAGAGAUCUUGGACCAUGCUUCUUAGCUUAUGGACUAUGGGGGGGGGGGGGGGGGG